AUGUUCCAAUGUCCAAAAUGCCAAAGGACCUUCGCGGUGAGGAAAAGUUUGUUGAGACACUGUAGAGCGAGGUGCAGCCAGGAUGAGGAGCCCGCAUCCAAGCGUCCAUGUAAUGCAACCGCUCCACGCAGCACUGCAGACAAGUGGGAAUGUCCUCGAUGCCGGCAAAAAUUCUCGGCACGAAAAGGUUUACUGCGACAUGGUAGAGAGGUCUGCACAAGCGAGAAGAGUCCACCCGAACAACAACGUGUAGAAGCUAGCAUCACCCAGACCACCACAGGACUCAAUACCAGACGACUGGAUCCUUCAACAGCCAACGUUGCAAUACCGGGACCGAGUCGAAUGAGUCCAACCACCAGUAACGACUCACAGACGAGUGCGGAAAGCAGAACAAUUCGCUGUGAUAGUUGCAACUGUGAGGUACCGAGGAAUGCACAUGCAGCACAUCUGAAAAGCAUCAAACAUAAGGCACAUCUAUGGACACCUUUACACAAUAAUGUGUCAGUUCCAAAAUUGGAAACGAGAGUUAAUCGACUUGGAAACACGGUAAUGGAUAAUAUACUAAAAUGUGAACAGCAUCACAAACAAUUAAGGCUACCAUUUUGCGUUUAUACCGACUUUGAAUGCAUUCUAGCUCCGAUAGAAAAUGACUCAAGCGAUUCAGAGGAUCACCAAUAUAGUAAUAAGGUGUCUUUAGCAUACACGGACACUGAUUCGUUAAUAGUACAUGUUGAAACCGAUAAUUUCUAUGAAGACAUGAAAUCACACGUGCAUUACUUUGACACAUCCAAUUAUGAUGCUGACAACCCACAUAACAUGCCUCGAACAGCGUCAGAGUUGGGUAAGAUGAAAGACGAAUAUGGUGGCAAGGUACUGUCUGCCUUUUAUGGUACAGGUCCCACAGCAUACUGUAUCGAUGCUGUAGAUCAAGUGGCUAAACGAGCUAAAGGUACAUCUAAGGCGAGUGUGAAACAUCAAUUACAUUUGUUACAUUAUAAAGAUAUUGUUGAGGAGAAACGGACAUAUGUGUACUGUACGAUUUAUGUAUUUAAAUCGGAGUCGCACAAUAUAUACACAAAUUAUAUAAGAAAAGUGACAUUGACCAGUAUGGAUGAUAAACGUUUCUUGAUACCAAACUCAACAAAGACAUUAGCUUGGGGUCAUCAAGAUAUCACCUUUCAUAAAAUGUCGGACGGAGAGCGGUUGGAACUCUUGCUGCGCUUAAUGAACGAAGCCAGUGAGUUGACUAGUGAUCAGAUGAAAUGA